GGGGCUGGGGCGUGCGCGGUGGCGGUGGCGGAAGCGGCCGCAUGGUGCCCUAGCCCCGGCUGGCAGCAGAGCCCGCCCCGCGCCGCCCCCCGCCGCCGCAGCAGCAGGAGACGCGGGCGGCAGCGGCAGCCCCGUCGGGUGCAUCGCGCUGUGCUCGGCCCCCGGUCCUUCUCGCCUCGGCUCUGCCUGCAGCCGGCCCGGCGCCGCCCGCCAUGAGCUCCCCUGCAAGGUCAGCGCUGCGGCAGCGGCCCCGGGCUCAAGGUUAACUCUAAAGAAAAGUUGUUCCUGACUGCCUUCCCUGUUGUGCAGACUGCUCCCCAAGAGCAUUGCUGGAGAAAGCUGACUGCAAGCUUCAGGUCAAAGAAAUUCCAUGGGGACUGUACCAGAUCCUCUGAGGUCUGCCAAAGUUUCAUUGGUUUCAGCUUCUGAGGAGGAAGAUCACCUGGGAGAUUUGCAGUCCACCAAGCACCAGCACAAACAACCAAGUGUAGAGAGGAGCAGUAAUGGCAUUUCUCAUACAAUGUCUGAAUCUGUUGGCAUGUGCUUGUUUGACCUGAAAGAUAUGACAGCUGCCAAUGUUCAGAGGCAAGAACAAUUCUGUGAGGAUGUUGCCAGCCAGCAGGACAUCCGUUCUUCUGGGUCCCUCAGCCAAAAUCAAGAAGUAUAUCCUGUGUGCGCAAAGACGGCUAGUACCUCUGAGCAAAAAGACAACAGCACCCCCAUCAGGCACAUGCAAAUUGUAACAAAAGGAUAUACAGUGGGACAUGUACCAGAUACAAUGCCAGCUACCCAGAAUUCCAAGCUUAUGCACAGUGACCAGCCAAAGACAAGUUCACUGACACAAGUUGAUGAUUCUGCAGUGAAAACCUGUGGGUCAGAGGAUCAGUCAGACCAGUGGGUCAGAGGAUCAGUUGGUGAAUUAAAUUCUUCUUCCCCAGGCAACACUAUGAAGAAUAGUCACUCCUGUCAUCAUAGCGCUCCAACAAAUAUCCUGCAAAGAGUACCCAUGGAAAAGGAGAAGGGACUGGAAGUAAUUGACUCUGGAUUCCCUCAGCAAACUGCUCCGGUAAAGGACUUUGCAACUGGUCUGAGCAAAGGGCCUCAGGCUUCUUUGGAGGCAGAAAAGAGGGCUGCAACGGAUGUGAAAUCAUGUGCCACAGGUAAUACUGCCCUAGACCAGAGUGAUGAGACAUCAUCCCAAUUCAGACUUGAGGCCAUGGAGCCAGCAUGUAAUGCAGACACUGAGAAAACAAGGGUAGACAAGCAGCAGCUCUCCAGGUUCAGAGAUAUAGGUACAAUGACAAUCCAACCUGAGAGCAGUUCUUUAGCUGAGGAAGCAAGUAAGAGGAUGUGGCAAGAUGCUGAGGUUCAGGCUGUGGCUAGUGUAGAGAGUAAAUCAGCUUCCACCAGUCCCAGUAUCCUUGCUGCAUUCUUAAUGGGAAAUCUUCCUGCAGAGGAAAAGGAGAAUUUGCACUUCAUUUAUCAGGGUUGUGGGGAGCUGACCCACUCAGAGGAUGUUGAAAGCUUUUCAUCACUGAAAAAGUCCCCCUGUUGUCCUGGUGUCAUGCCAGAACUGCAUGUUCCACCAGCUGCAGUGGAGACAGUAAAAGCUCAGACUGUCAAACUUCAAAAGCACCCAGGAGACCCAUCUGACACCAUCUGUCCAGCAUUACCAGAUAACACAAAAGCCUAUCCAUGUGCACAAGCAGCCAGUAAUACCCAUAGAACACCUGUUGAUAGGGCAGGACAACAAGGAGUCUGUCCAGUCAGAGACAGCUGUGAUAUUCCUCAGUUGCUCUCAGAUGCUCCAAUAUCACAGAAAGCAAAACCUGUUUACCAGAUUGCAGUUAACACCAAUAAUCAACCUGCAGUACAUCAGCAGUCUAGAGAUGGGGAGCCCAUCCCAUUUCCCUCUGCAAUUGCUCCGAAAGUCAACAGUAACUUUCAGCACAUUGUCAGUGAUGCAGGAAAUAAGCAGUCACCUAUAUCUUGUAGAACACACAGGGAAAGUGGGCAGGGAGAGACCUGGGGCACCAAGGCUGGUGGUUGUCCUGACAGAAAAUCUUUGCAAGGUAAGAGUGGUGAUGAAUUGAAGACCAGCCCAUUUAAAAUGGAUAUGAAACCAAAAGAAGAAAAGUUAAUGCUUCUUGAUCCUAAAGGAGAGAUGCACAUCAGUGCUGCAGCUGCCUGUGGCCACAUCAGAGUAUAUACACCAGUCACCGUUAAAAAAGAACAGGAUAAAGUCCAGGGAGAAAUUACUCAGGCAAAGGAAGCCAGUAGUCUGAGUCUGCAAAUUGGACUGACAUCUGACUUGAGUGGAUAUUCUGCUCACUGCACUUCUGGGCUGGGGGCACAUGCAGCUCCACAGCAACAAAUCAGCCCAGCAAAUGACACCAGAAAUGAACCCAAGCUAAAUGCAAUGCCUGACCUGGCCUCAGCUCAGCCUUUGCUAAAACUUGGAGAAAAGAAGAAACAGUCCACUCCAGCCAUGGAAGCCAAAGUACGUGUGAAGCAAUCUAAACACAUCAGGGAUGUUGUAUGGGAUGAACAAGGCAUGACGUGGGAGGUUUAUGGGGCAUCCCUUGACCCAGAGUCACUGGGUAUAGCGAUCCAAAAUCACUUACAAAGACAAAUACGAGAACACGAGAAACUGAUCCGGGCUCAAAACACUCAGAACCGGAAAUCCAUUUCCUCAGAUACAUCUUCAAAUAAAAAACUGAAAGGAAGGCAGCAUAACAUGUUCCAGGCCAUGCUGCAGAAUUUCAGACACCCCAAAUGCUGUGUCCGUCCUGCUCCUUCUUCUGUACUAGAUUGAAAUGGUGUGCUUCGGGCCGUGUGAGUCCAAAGAUGUGUACACCUCCCGGAAGUGGAAAAUAAACCUUGCUGUUUGGUUCUGUUUGGGUUCAUGAUGCAGUGACUUGGAAAUGACCAUCUGUUGUUUUCCAGUUGGUUGCUACAUCAUACCUAUAUUAUUUCCACAGCUGGUGUAUUGCCCCCUCUUACUAUUUUCAUAGUGUACUCUCACCUAGUCUACUGUAAAGAGUUAGGCACUUAGCAAAAGCACAAUUUUCAAUUGCCAGCUUAGUGCAGUGAGAGUAGUGUCUCCUGAUUAGAGGUGAAACUGAGAGAAGAUUAGCAAAAAUGUAUUUUUAAAAAGUGAUUUUUGAUGUAUUGCAAAGUUUUACAUGGUCUUGGAGGGGAUUUUUUUGGAGGAUGCGGAUAGUGCUUAAACUGCUGAAAAACUGUCAACAGAGAGAUUCUCUAACACCACCAGAAAGCAAAUAUUUUUAAAAUCAAAUUACCUGUCUUGUGUGAAGUGCAUGAAAGGAAUAAGAGGGUUUACCAUUCUCUAUUAAUAACAUUUACAAGUGGAAUUUUCAAAGGAAUCUAAAGGAGUUAGGUGCUUUGCUCCCAUUGAAACAUCACACAAGUUGGUUUCCUAGUUCUGUUAGGCUACCUUGACAAUCCCAGCAUCUUCUAAUAGGUGAUAUUCCUGACGUUAAGUCAUGAAGGUUAGUACUAGGGUAUAAACAGACGUCUUCUGUGGAGUAGUAUCAGCUGUGCCAGGAUGUGUCCCAACACAACUGAUCCACUACAGGCAUUGCAGACCACUUGUGCCACAGGGUUGAGUCCCUGCCACUCCCGGGGCUUCAGGUACCUGAUCCUGUGCAAAAAUGGCCCUAGGGGCAAUGCCCCAACUGAGAGCAUACCGGUGUAAGCAAGGGAACCCUAAGUUUUUCCACUGGCACAGGUGUGCCCUAGGAAUCCCCGGUCAGGGGAUUCCCCAGGAACAUGCAUCUCAUUGCCAUGCUCUUGACUCCCGCCUCCCAGCACUAAGUGUGGUUGUGCUCACAAAUUUGGGCAUUUGGGACAUGACAAUGGACUAUAAACAUCCAUGCUUAGUUUUUUUGCCACCACAAAAAUGUCUAUAGUGGCACAUAGGUCAUAUUUUUUGCAGCAGCAGUAACAGUUUUUUUGUUUUCAAUAGAGAAUAGUAAUUUUCUUUCUAUAUAAAAAGGGGGGAAAUCAACACACAGUUUUUAAUAUGCCAAAGUAAAAAAGCCAUAUUCAAGACAUUCUGUAUGUUUUACAAUGCUGUUUAGAAAAAGAAUGGGUUCAAAAAAUAAGCUUCCAAAACAGAAGUGUGGUGGCCAAGUCAAAUGCAGUGUGCGCUUUUAAAUCAUCACAGCUUCCAGAGAAACCUGCUACUCCCUAUUCCAUACUCUAUGGCUAAUUGCAGCAGAAAGUAAACCAACUUUUUUAUGAAGGUACAUCUUUGUUCCAAACUCUGGGGAGGGCUACCUUGUUUAGACUUUGAAAAUGGGGGAAACUUACUUGAUCACAAAUUAUCCUUUGGUCUUACAACUCAGAAGUUCAAAAUGAGAAGAGCCAGAAGGAUUAAGACCCUAGUCACAAACUUGCAGUUUCUUAAGUAUUGCCCAUGUCCCAUAGGAGCAGUUCCAUUGCAGGGCUUGCAGGAUUAGAACUUUAGUUGUGAAACUGUAGAUACUAAGCAAUGUAAGCCCAUUAAAUAGAUGUUCUUGCAGUUAUGUUUCACUCAUGGAAACACUCUUGAAAAGUGAAUCCCAGGUGCUUUUAAAUAAUACAUUUCACAUUUAUGCAUACAAAUACUGAGAACGGAUACAUUUUAUAAAUUGUAUGACCCUGCUUAUCCCAGCAGGGUGUUGCAUAUAAAUGUAACUAAACAGAAGAAAUUAAAUCAACCAGCCAUAGAUUGCAUUACACUUAUGGCAGGUGAAACCAUAGACAUUUAUACAUUACUUUCAGUGACUGUGAUGAGAGAUUAUAUUUAAAAUCUUUACCCAACAAUAAACUUUACAACCGCCCACCUUUUCUAGAGAUGACUCCAGCAAGGUCUAUGGUGACCUACAGACAAAGAAGUUAAAAUUAGUCUAAAAUUCCCUAUUCAGAUUUAUGUUACCUUGCCCUAGAGAGCCAUCUGCUUCCUUCACUUGAUUUAUUAGUGUUACACAUUCAGAAAGCAGAGCCCUACUAGCCGAAGGAGCUUCAAGUACGUGACCUUGAAUACACGCAGCAAACUUUUAGCAUUCAACUUGGGGAAUAAAGAUAUAAUAGCUACUUCUUGAACAAAUUCAAAUAAUUGAGAGCGAAAUACUGAUCUGCUUUCAGAUAUUCCACAGGUACAGUGCCAGUCUACAUCAGUAGACUCAUCCAAGUUGCUGAAUUCACUAGAGUUAAACCAGUUUUACACCUGCUACAGUUCCGGCCCCAUGUUCCUUUGUCAGGUAUAUCUAAUUCAACAGAUACAUACCCAAAGUUACAGGACAUGAAACACUAUUGGAACUCAGUGGUAAUGUCUCCUGUCAUCUGCUGCUCUGGUUAGGGUAGAGCAGGUGUUUCUAUGAGCUUUUAACUGCACCCAGACCUGCAGUCCUGUUCAAGCAAUAUGCAAUAUGCCCGUUAGUUUUAUGUAUGUGUGAUUUCUGCCACUGCUGUAUGACUUCAUGCUCUCCUAUUGAAAUCGAUGGCAAAACCAGUACAGAAUCAGGCCCUUAGGGUGCUGAAUACCAAAACUCAAAGAUAAGUUAUUUUCUACAAUAACAUUCCAAAAAUAAAAUACAAUGCGAUACAACGUAAGGUGACAACUCUGCUAUCACAUGAUAACGUAAUGUAUUUCAUGGCAUACGUGUAUUUAGACUGUUUAUGUAAUGUAAUGUAACAUGACAAUAUAGGCUGCCAUAUAUUUAUUAUAUCACAAUGUGUAUUGAAAUAUGGUGGCCCAAUAAACUAGAAAUUCAGCUGAAGUAAAUGGAAUUAUGUGGGUUUACCCCAGCUGAAGAUCUGACCUUCUAUAUGUAAAUAUCACAGCGUGAUAAUCUUGUUAAUUGUGUGAGUUCCUGAUAAACACAUCACUCUGGGAAAAUUUGGUGCAGCAGAGUUUCAUUCAAUUGUAUGUAAAAAAUGUUUUUUUCCCUCUUGAUAAUGGCUUUUAUUGAGGAAACCCUGGCAACAAAUUGUGAUGAUGGAAUUCAGUUGGUUUUAUGGUUAUAUGUUGGGUGUUCUUGCUGACUGUUAGUUUUCUUAGCAUUUUUACAUUACCCUAAUGCACUGAUGAGCAAAGGAGUUCCUUUCUUGGUCUAAGCUGUGGACUUUUGUCCUGCUUUUUUAAACCUGAAAAUAACAGCCAAGUUAAAACCCUUCAUUCUGAUGCAUUAAAACUAUAGAGCAGAGCAAUUACCUUGUGUUAUUAUUAUUGUUUUUAUAUUAUACUGUUUUGUAGAAAGCAUGUCCUAACUUUGAUUUUGGAAUUUAUUGCCCUAAACACCCAGUGCAAAACUCCAUUAGGCCAAUAAAAAGAUCCCUGUUGACUUCAGUUGACUUUGGAUCUGGCCCUGAAUGGUGGGAAUAAUGCAGACAGUAUUAUACCAUCUUGUGAGAGAGUACCUUUUGUGUUAUGUGCUUUAGGUGAUAUCUCCUACAAAUAAGACAUUUCUAACUCUGGAAAGGGGAUGUUAUUGGUUUCCAAGUGUAGAUUUCAUUAUUUAGCAUGUGUUUCUGUGAGUGUUCUUAGCAAUUUCCAGAAUCCUUGAUUUCUACCCCACUUUUAAUUUACAAACUGGAGUAACACAGGAAGGCUCAGUACUUCUAACAAACCUCUAAUGACACAAACCUCAAGUCAGCCUUUUACUGAAAUGUAGUUUGUUUCAGUUAUGUGUGCUUAUAGUUUGUGAACCAUACACAGAGGCAAUACAGGUUGCAUCUACAUGUGAUGUUUACUGCGGAGUAGACUAAUUAGCUCUGCAGUGUACGUCUUGGCAUCUAUACAUGCAGAGCUAUUAGGCUAGAGUAAACUAAUAAACUCUGCAGCUGCAGAAUUUUUUUACUCCUCAGCAGCUCGUGUAGAUGCUGACUUAUGUGGCUGAAGGGUGCUUCAGUGUGGGGGCUGCCUGCCAGCUAGCCCCACAAUGGAGCACAUUCGUCCCCCAGCCAACCCCUCCACAGCACAUUGAGCUAAGUUGGAGUAGCCCCGAGCUGGCAGGCUGAACAUGCUGUGGUCUGAAGCGCAUGUAUAAACACAGUGCCUUGGAGUGAUAAACUCCGGCACAAAAGCACCAGAGUUUAUUGCAUCACAUUAAUAUGCAUGUGUAGACGUGCCCACAGACUAUAUUAUGUGAAAAGUGAAAGAGCAUUUAGCUAGAGUUACUCCCACCCGAUGACUGUGCGCAAUCACUUGCAUUAGAAUAUUUGAGCCACAGUUUUCAAAAGUGGUAGCUGGUGGUCUUGGGUGAUCAACCUGAAUCAGUAGAAAGGAGACUGAAUCUCUGAAAAUGUUGAGCCACCUGCCUUUUGUAACUCACCACUGAAAAUCUUAGACUCUGUCUUUCUUUAAUGAUGCACCCCAGAGUUUUGAGGUAGAAAGAGGCCAUGCAGUAAAUCUGGUACAUUUGGCUGUCUCAUGUUUAUACAAUGUUCAGAUUUUUUCUUUUGAGUUCUUGUCUAAAUCUGUUUUUGGAGUAUGUUCACAAUAGAAGCUUCUAUUGCUGCCUUUUAUAAAGUCCAUUCCAUGUGAUUUGUCUGUGCAUAUUUUACAUUACACUGUUUAUAUUGUAAUAUGUUAUAUUUUUAAUUUGAAAUAAUUAUUUUGCAGAUGUACAGAGGUCCUUGAGACAGUCUUUACUAUAUUGUUAAUAUUAGAAAAGUGAUAAAUAGUAUUGGAUAAUAAAUUGUAGCACUAUGACUAUUUCUUCAAAAGUGUAAUAUAUAGUGAUGCCUCAAAUGUAUUUUUCCCACAUCUGCAGGAUUUACAGUAUUCUCUAGGCCUGAAAUUUAUUUCCCAUUAACUUUCUACUUCUGAUACAGUUUAUGAGAUAUGGGGAAAUGGCUGUAGUUUUCAACUCUGCAAAGCUUUGUGGAUUUGGAUUUUGUAAUCCCUUCGAAGAUGACUAUUAAAUAGGAAUUAUUUUUAUUCUACUAAAGAUUGUUCAUGAAUCAUAAUGAUAAUUUACUUCCAUCUGUAAUGUCACAUGCCUUUAUGCUGUGCAUCAUGUUAUAACCUUACACAGUGGAAACAUAUUGCAAUUUUUUUCUCUGAAACAGCCCUGAGGUAGUACCUUUUUAAGAAUAAAAUUUAUGGUUACAUCAGCUUUCAGGCCUUCCAAACUGCUGUUUUGGGACAGAGUUUAUCUCCAAAGGUGAAUGAAGGUCCCAUAAAGCUUAUGUACAUUACAAUAUUCAAAUCCUAAUUUAACGAAAAUUAUUACUACUUAGUUUAGUACUGAGUUGAUUGUUAACUUUCCUUUUACCACACUCAUCCAAAUCUGCUGCUGAAUUUACGCUGCUACAUAAGGAAAUUCUUCCCAUCUACACCUGCUAGAGAGAGAACUCCUUUAUUUCCAUCCCCUCUUAGUAUUGUCUAAAAUCUGAAUUUUAUGAGGACAGGAAUGGAAGUAAAUGUUGGCAUCAUUGCUGGUUAGGUUAGUCAACUAAUUUGGCAUCCCUUUUCAUCUUCCUGACUGAGUUGGCACUGAAGAGGUGCCCAGUAUUUCCUGUUGUGUUUACUGUCUCCUGUUUAGGUCUAAGUCUUUGUGCUAUUUAUUCUUGUGCCUUUGGCUCAGUUCUACCCAAGUGUUCACUAGCUUUUGUCCUGCUUGUCCCCCUGUGAAAUGAUGUCAAUUGAGGAACCUUCUGUCCGUUCCUCCACGAUCUCUCUCAGUAUAAAAUUCUGUGAUUUGAGUUAUUCUGAAUUGUCCCUGUAUAAAUGCAUUGAUAUGAGACUAUAUAUAAGUUGUUCAAAUUAUCCUGGAGAAGAAUAAACGGCUACGGAAUAUUCA